AUGGCGGCGGCCCAACAGGAAUGUGCUGGGUGUCAGAAAUUAAUCAAAGAUAAACAUUUAUUAAAAGCUUUAGAUCAGUAUUGGCAUGAAGAUUGUUUAAAGUGUAGUUGUUGUGACUGUCGGCUAGGGGAAGUUGGUUCAACUCUUUUCACCAAAGCUAAUCUGUUAUUAUGUCGUAGAGAUUAUUUAAGGUUAUUUGGUACGACAGGUUUCUGUUCAGCAUGUUCUAAAAUGAUUCCAGCAUUUGAAAUGGUGAUGAGAGCUAAAACUAAUGUUUAUCAUUUAGAAUGUUUUGCCUGUCAACAGUGUAAUCACAGAUUCUGUGUUGGAGAUCGGUUCUUUUUAUGUGACAACAAAAUUUUAUGUGAAUAUGACUAUGAAGAAAGAAUGGUGUUCGCUAAUAUGACCAAUAUUAAUUACGGAGCCUACAACGCUUUAAAUCAAAUUAAAAGACAGACACAAAGUCUCAGUGAUGAUGUUUCAAGUGGUUAUGGAAGUCCGAGUCCUUGUUCACUUUAG